AUUAGGCUUCGGGGAACCAGCGGAUUGCACUGGAGAGGAGAACGGGCGGGAGGGGGAAGGGGCGGCCGUGGGGGUGGAGCUGGGGCUGUGCGAGAGCCAGUGAGCGAGCUGGGCUCGGGGCCCGCGGGACUGAGCUGGGAGGGAGGACCGAGGAGUGGGGGCUAGGCUGGGUGCAGGGAGGGGACAGAGCUGACGGCGAAAUCCGGGACCGCCGCUGGAACUGUAGUCAGAGCCGGAGCCGGAGCCGGAGCCAGAGCCAGACCCAGAGCCGGUCCGGGCGGCAGAAGCGGCAACAGGGCGCAGGGGGGCCGUGCGCGGCAAUGCAGUGAGAGCAUCUAGGGGAGCAGGAGCCGGGACUAGGGGGUGGGGGGAGGGGAGGGGAACGGGGGACCGCUCUGCAGAAAUGUGACUUCGGUGGCAGCUGCGAAAGAAGCGGGAGAGUCCGUCCGGCUGUGGGGCCGCCGGUGCGGAGAGAAAAAUGAGAACCCAGCUGGCCCUCUCAUUUCUCCUCUUCUUUGUGAUCGGCUAUGGCUCCUCCGAGAACGCCAGCACCUCUCGAGGCUGCGGGCUGGAUCUCCUCCCUCAGUACGUGUCCCUGUGCGACCUGGAUGCCAUUUGGGGAAUCGUGGUGGAGGCAGUGGCGGGGGCCGGGGCCCUGAUCACACUGCUGUUGAUCCUGAUCCUCCUGGUGAGAUUGCCAUUCAUCAAGGACAAAGAGAAGAAGGGGCCUCUGGGCCUGAACUUCCUGUUCCUCCUGGGGACCCUAGGCUUGUUUGGACUGACUUUUGCUUUCAUCAUCCGAGAGGAUGAGACUAUCUGCUCAGCGCGUAGGUUCCUGUGGGGGGUGCUCUUUGCCUUGUGUUUCUCAUGCUUGCUCAGCCAAGCAUGGCGGGUCCGGAGGCUGGUCCGCCAUGGGAAGAGCCCCUCAGGCUGGCACCUCACUGGGAUGGCCGUGUGCCUGAUGCUGGUCCAGGUCAUUAUUGCCACAGAGUGGCUAGUCUUAAACGUGGUGCGCGAUAAGAAGCUCGCUUGCAGCUAUGAACCCAUGGAUUUUGCAUUGGCCUUAAUUUAUGACAUGGUUCUGCUGGUGGUGACCCUGGGGUUGUCCCUCUUCACCCUGUGUGGGAAGUUUAAGAAGUGGAAGAAGAACGGCGUGUGCCUCAUCCUCACCACCUUCCUCUCCAUCCUGAUCUGGGUGGCCUGGAUGACCAUGUACCUUUUUGGCAAUGCAGAACUAAGGCGAGGUGAUGUGUGGAGUGAUCCCACCCUGGCUAUCGCCUUGGUAUCCAGUGGCUGGGUAUUUGUCAUCUUCCACGCUAUUCCCGAAGUACACUGCUCCAUCCUCCCCUCACAACAAGAGAAUACGCCCAACUACUUUGACACGACGCAGCCCAGGAUGCGAGAGACGGCGUUUGAAGAGGAUGUUCAGCUUCCCCGGAGCUACAUGGAAAACAAAGCUUUCUCGAUGGAUGAACACAACGCAGCUCUCCGAACUGCAGGAUUUCGAAAUGGUAGUCUGGCAAACCGACCCAGUGCUCCAUUUAGAAGCAAUGUUUAUCAGCCCACUGAGAUGGCAGUUGUGCUAAAUGGUGGGACUAUCCCAACUGCUCCGCCAAGUUACACUGGAAGACACCUCUGGUGAAAGGCUUUUACAAAGUUCCAGAGAAUAAGAAUCUCUAUUACAGAUAUUAUUCCCUGGCUGAGUCUUUCUUGGGGAGAAAUCAAUAACAAGGAGCGGAACAAAGUCACCGCUCAUCCUGGAGCUUUCAGAAUCCCAGAUAAUGGGGUUUCGUGUAAAUGUGAACACUGGCGAACUGAUAAGCUAAUAACCACCCACACAAUACCAAACCAACCAACAAUUUUGCAGACUAAAGCAAAGCUAAUUUCGUGUAGACUUAGGCUCACUCUUAAAAUGCAACUGGGGAAAGACGGCAUCCUCCAAGUGUCCAAGAACCAAAGUCCCAGUGACUGCUGAGCGGGCCCAGUUUGUUUUGAGUCCAGGUUUCCUUGUAGACCUCUCCCAGUGGCAAGUAUUAGAUCCAGGCUGCCUUCCUCUUGAGGUUGGCGCUGUAUUUCUAAAGGGUACAGAGGAGCGUUGCCACUUGGUUUGCCAGUUGGUUUCUGUGUUUCAGGGGGUCAGAGAGGGAGAGAGUCAUUUGGCGAUCAGUUUCGUGAGUGUGUAUCUGCAGACAUACUUGGAUUAUGGGGCAUUUUACUGAGGGUGGGAGGCCCUGGUUAAUGUUGAGAGAAGCAUUGCACUCCCUGUGAAAAUGCUAGAAACACCAUUAGUGAAGGCUCCCCCACCUCCCAUUCUGAAGAAGUGCACAGUAUCUGGUUGUUAGUUCAUGGAUCCCAUUUAGCACAGAGUUGGACUAGUGUUUGUUGUAUAUGCCCCAUGCCUGUGAUAUUGCAAAUAUGGGAAGAGAAGGGCCCCACAAUGGAGCCUGGGGUAGACAUGACCUGUGUCGUGUGGAAUCUGCCUGAAGUUCUCAGUGUUAUCAAGCCUUCCCAUCCCACAUCCCCAGAAGCCGACCUGAGAAACUGGUGUAUAAGCAUUUUUUCUGAUUUAUCUGUAUUUUGUUUCCAAAUGUGCCGACGGGGCCACCAGCUCAGAAAGCCAGAGGAAUGGGCCAUAGCAGGUUUGCUGCUGACCUGUGUGAUGUGGCUUUCCCAGAGUCCCAUAAGAUGGUGUAUCAAGAAGUCCUACUGCUUAGUAGUGCAAGGAACUUCUCUGUUCUUUAUAUCAAGCUAGUAGGAUCUCCGAGAUGAGGAACAUUUUUGUUUGUGGAUUUUUUUGUUUGUUCUUUGGGCUUUGGAGUAGAGAAGAGAAGUCUGUUAGAUGUUUUAAUCUUGGUUAACUGCAAGUUCUCUGAAAAUGGUUAUUUCAAAACCCAUUACUUCUGCCAUAGUUUCCAUCUGUCUUGAGCAAAUCAUCCCGUUAUGAUUUAACAUUUAUUUAGUACAUAUCCAACAUUAAAAGCAUCAUGGUCUCCUCAUUGUUUAGCCAACAUGAUCCACAGCUUUCUUAAAUACCUAAAGCAAGAUUUUAACCUGACAGUAUUGGAUAUAUACAAGAUGAUGGGUUCUUUUGCAUAAACUAUAAGAAAUCUAUUCUAUUUUCUAGCCUUUAAAAAAAAAAAGAAAGAAAAAAGGUAAGCCACAAAGAACAUGGAAAAGGUCAAUGGUUGGGGAAAAAACAGUCACUGACUUCUAUAAAUUGAAUAAAUCUAUGCUGAAUAAUUAUAACCAAACCUCUGAUUCUUUCUACACUUGAUCUUUGGCUGUGCCCUACAAACCCUCCACCCUGUCUCUGCACAGCGCUGGGGGAAAUGAGAUCGAUCGAUAUUGCCAUUCUUGCCGUGAUCCAUCUUGCAAGUUAUUUUAUUUCCCCCCUCUCUGCAAAUUCAUUUCCCUUUGUGCCAUGCAUGUGAAAAGAAAGCAUGGCAUGAGAGUGCCUGCCCCCAUCAUAUCUCAUCUCCAAUAUAAGCCCUGGGAGCAUGCGCUUGCUUUUAGACAACCAGACACCUGACUUUAGCCCUUGGUGUGUGUUUGGGACGGUGAUUAUUAGAUGGCUUGGAAAUUUUAUAUAUUUGGGGGAGGGGGGACGUUAGGAAAAGGGGGGUGGGAUGUUGCAUGCAGAACCCAUUAUUCUAAAAAAGAAUAAAAAUGAAAUCUCCUAAUGCCUCAGUCUAAUCCAAUUAAAAACAAGUGUUACACAUUCUUGUGCCAGGAAAUGGUUACUUAUCCCAGCUCUAUGAAGUCAUUUGGAGUUGUAGAAUGCCAUCAGUGACAUUUGCCUGCAAAAAAAGUCUCACUUUCCAAAAGGAACCAUUAACGAUGUAACUUUCCUCUAAGCUGUUAUCAAAAUGUCUAAGGUGACUAUGGCCUAGAUGGCAGGAGUGGUUUCUCUUUGUAAAUGCUACUGCUGGAAAGUAACAUUCGCUACAAUAAAAAUGAAAGUGUUUAUAGUCCACGGACAAUUUUAUUUCAGCCAGUUAUCAGAUGUGUUUUUAAGGUUCUGUUUUUGGCAGGGUUUGAAGAUGGAGAAUGAGCUAAUAAAUUGUCAUUUGGGGUGGAGGAGUAAUCCCAGAAAAGAGAGGAUCAUUGUUUUCCUAAUAACCUCACAUGACUCAUACAAAGAUCUUUGCUGGCCGUGGUCUGUGAUAGCAACUGCCCCAGAAAGCAAAGUGUGACAAAGCAUCUCUGUUUAUUAUGGCACCUCCAUUUAUUAUUUGUGUAAACAAGACGUGUUUGCUUUUUAACUUUGGGUAAAAUGGCCUACAAGUAGCACGUCCAUGAUUAAAACACACAGUAACUAUAAGCACAAAUUCUAAUCUCUCAGCGUGAAGUUAGCAGAAGGCACUCUGGGGCCAUAAAAGCCACCAUGUCCCUUUUUGGUGCAAAGCUGGAGUCACCCCAGUUUUCACCGCUCCGCAGAUGGGGAGUGGGUUGGGGCAGCAAAUAGCAAUUCCAAAACCCCAUGGCACCCUCAAACUUGGGGAUGAAAUGUUGCAGUAUUUCACACAUGGCUGUUCCCUGGUUUAAGAGAAAUUGGAUAGAGCUGUGGCUUCCGUGCACCCCCUUGAUUCUGGAAAAAGGUACCGCUGUAUUGUCCAGGGGGGUGAUCUUUUUUCACUCAGAAUGAACCAGGCCAGCUCUUCUUGGUGGGUGAUAGCUGAGUUAGGUGCCUCAGGCCUAACCAAAAAGCUGUGCAAAAAGGGAACAUUGUAGCUUUUAUACUCAAAAGAUUCAACUAUUAUUAUACCAGCUUACAAGAUUACCCAGCAGGUGCUUUUUAUUAACUGAUAAGAGCAGAAGCUCACUUUUGAUAGAUAAUAUAUAUUUAUUAAAUAUAUUAAUGUGUGUUUUAUAAUGUAUGUUCUCCCUCCCUCCCUUGUCCUUCCCCGCUGCUGACCGUUGCAUACUUACAAAGAACACCUUUAAAGAAUUUUCGAGACAAUCAGUGUGUACCAUAAAUGGCUGUAUAUAAGAAUACAAAUUAAGAAGGUUGUAAAGCAUGGGCAGAUAUGUUUUAUUUUCAAAAUGCUGUUCUUAACAAAAAAUAAAGGCUUUACUAUUUACAUA